GCAUCCUCAGAAUCAGCGCACAAAACGAUACCACUACUGGUAGUGUACCAUAGCAACUGUGACCACCUCGAGGAAGGGUACAUGUCUUGGGGAAGUGGGUGACACACUUUAUAUUUCUGAGCGUGAAUAGCUUGUGUCUCCGCUAGGUUGUCUAACCAAAAACAAACAUGUAGUAAGACUUUGUGUCACGGUUGCCAAAUUUCUGACAGAAAAAUAGCGACCUCGUUCUUCAAAACUAAUGCAAAUUCCAACCGCGACUCUCAAAAAAACAAGCCCAAUCCCGCUUAUUAUAAGCGGACUUGCCAACUCUGCUUUGUGUCUUUUUUUUGUGUUGUUGUGCUUGUAUUAUUUCCAGGUCAAGGCGCCUGGGUUUCCUGUUCGGUGUGUUUGUAUUAAAGAUGGCCGGUGAUGGAGGCACUCUGAAGGAUUUCAAUGAAAUUAAAUCGCAGUUCCGGACACGGGAGGGCUUUUACAAACUGGUCACCCUCUCUGAUUCCCAGCAGCGGGGCGGGGUGCCCCGAGGUCCCUCCUCGGGCUCCGCUGUGGGUCCCGGCUCCGGUUCGGGCUCAGUCCCGGGCGGCGGUGGCGGAGCUCCUGGUUCUGCUGCAGCUUCCUCCGCUUCUGCUGCCGCCGCCGCAUCCUCAUCUCUGGCCGGGUUCCUGCCCCCUGUCAGGGUCUCCAUGGUAAAGCUGCAGCCGGAGGAUCCGGGCGAGGAAUCUGAAAGAGUUUGCUUCAAUAUCGGCAGGGAGCUGUAUUUUUACACCUAUACCAACAUUAAAAAGGCGGUUGAUCUCAGCAAACCCCUUGACAAGCGCAUCUACAAAGGAACGCAGCCCACGUGCCACGACUUCAAUCAGUUCUCAGCCACGGCAGACAGUGUGUCUCUGGUCGUGGGGUUCUCUGCGGGACAGGUGCAGUACCUGGACCCCAUCAAGAAGGAGACCAGUAAGCUGUUCAACGAGGAGAGGCUGAUCGACAAGUCCAAGGUGACGUGUCUCAAGUGGCUUCCCGAGUCGGAGCAGCUCUUCUUGGCCUCUCACGCCAGCGGGACCCUCUACCUGUACAACGUGGAGCACCCGUGCGGCACUGCGGCCCCCCAGUACUCGCUGCUGCGACAGGGGGAUGGAUUCGCCAUCUACACCUGCAAGAGCAAGACGCCCCGCAACCCGCUGCUGCGCUGGGCCGUGGGCGAGGGCGGGCUCAACGAGUUUGCCUUCUCCCCGGAUGGCGUGCACCUGGCCUGCGUGGGGCAGGACGGCUGCCUGCGGGUCUUCCACUUCGACUCCAUGGAGCUCCAGGGCGUCAUGAAGAGCUACUUCGGGGGGCUGCUCUGCGUGUCCUGGAGCCCUGACGGGAAGUACUUAGCCACGGGCGGGGAAGAUGACUUGGUGACGGUGUGGUCCUUCGGGGAGGGCCGGGUAAUCGCCAGGGGCCACGGCCACAAGUCGUGGGUCAACGUGGUGGCUUUCGACCCGUUCACCACCAGCUUGGAAGAGGACGGGCCCGUGGAGUUCAGCGGGAGCGAGGAAGACCUUCAGGACCCCAUUCAUUUUGGGCACGUGCGCACCAGCAGUACCCUGUCCCGGCUGUCCAAGCACAGCUCCAAAGCAGGCGCCUCCGUUACCUACCGCUUCGGUUCUGUGGGCCAGGAUACCCAGUUUUGCCUGUGGGACCUGACGGAAGACGUCCUCUAUCCUCACCUGCCUCUUUCGCGCGCUCGGACGCUGACCAACACCUUCAGUUCUGUAAUACAUCCUUCAGUCAGCGGGGGGAGCAAUCUCUGCAAUCUCGGAGCAACAAUCAACACUACAACCGAGGGCACCGCUGGGCACCCCCCUGGACACCACCACCCUCCUCCGCAUGGCCCAGCCCUGCCCCGCUCGCUCUCCCGCUCCAACUCCCUGCCCCAUCCUGCCGUCACCACCACCAGCAAGGGGCAGACGACCUCCGAAGGGGGCGCCCCCUUCAGUAUCGGGCGCUUUGCCACCCUCUCGCUGCAGGAACGCAAGUCGGACAAGUCCGCGAGCGACAAGGAGCACAAGCGCUACCACAGCCUGGGGAACAUCAGCAAGAGCAACGACAAGAUCAACGUGGUGACCCGCAGCAGCCGUCUCGAAGCCGCCAAGGUGCUGGGCACGACCCUGUGCCCGCGCAUGAACGACGUGCCCCUGCUGGAGCCACUCAUCUGCAAGAAGAUCGCCCACGAGCGCCUCUCCGUGCUCAUGUUCCUCGACGACUGCAUCAUCACUGCCUGCCAGGAGGGCCUGAUCUGCACCUGGGCGCGCCCUGGGAAAGCAACUUCGACAGUGCAGAAUGGCAGUUCACCGAGUGGCACGGUGGUAUAGCUGCGAUGAAACCCUGCAGCCCCUUUUCAGCGAAGAGCCGUAAGAGACUCUGUUCACAAACACAAGACUGAGGAGCAGCACUUCAACCUGAUGGGAAACUCUUUAUCUCCUGGGGGGAUGCUCCUCCAACACUUUGCAAAGCUAUCACUGUUGUAUUUUAUUUAUUUAUUUUAACACAGAGACUCUAGUAAUUUAUAUUGUACAUAUACAGAAUAUAAAUACUGAGGAUUCGAUGUAUCCAAUCAUGAAGAUUUAAUAUAUUAAAUAUAUUGUACAUAGUGCGGUUCACCUUGAAUGUCCGAGAUGGGAUAAUUGUACUGGUAGUGUAUGACAGAUUCCUAUUAAUAAUGUCAUGUUAAUUAAAACAAAAUAUAGGUCUCUUAAUA